CCGGGGGGCCCGGCUCACCAUGCUGCUGCUGUCGCGGCGGCGCCUUCUCCUGUCCAUCUACUGCCCGCAGAUCUUCCUCCUCCUGUCCAGCGGCAGCUACCUAGCGCUGUCGUCCGUCGUGGCCCUGGGUGCCAACAUCAUCUGCAACAAGAUCCCAGGCCUGGCCCCGCGGCAGCGCGCCAUCUGUCAGAGCCGGCCGGACGCCAUCAUCGUCAUCGGGGAGGGCGCGCAGAUGGGCAUCGACGAGUGCCAGCACCAGUUCCGUUUCGGGCGCUGGAACUGCUCGGCGCUGGGCGAGAGGACGGUCUUCGGGCAAGAGCUCCGAGUAGGGAGCCGCGAGGCGGCCUUCACGUACGCCAUCACGGCCGCGGGGGUGGCCCACGCCGUCACGGCCGCCUGCAGCCAGGGCAACCUCAGCAACUGCGGCUGUGACCGCGAGAAGCAGGGCUACUACAACCAGGCGGAGGGCUGGAAGUGGGGCGGCUGCUCGGCCGACGUGCGCUACGGCAUCGACUUCUCCCGCCGCUUCGUGGACGCCCGCGAGAUCAAGAAGAACGCGCGACGCCUCAUGAACCUGCACAACAACGAGGCCGGCAGGAAGGUGCUGGAGGAGCGCAUGAAGCUGGAGUGUAAGUGCCACGGCGUGUCGGGCUCUUGCACCACCAAGACGUGCUGGACCACGCUGCCCAAGUUCCGGGAGGUGGGCCACCUGCUCAAGGAGAAGUACAACGCGGCCGUGCAGGUGGAGGUGGUGCGCGCCAGCCGCCUGCGGCAGCCCACCUUCCUCCGCAUCAAGCAGCUGCGCAGCUACCAGAAGCCCAUGGAGACAGACCUGGUGUACAUCGAGAAGUCGCCCAACUACUGCGAGGAGGACGCGGCCACGGGCAGCGUGGGCACGCAGGGCCGCCUGUGCAACCGCACCUCGCCCGGCGCCGACGGCUGCGACACCAUGUGCUGCGGCCGCGGCUACAACACGCACCAGUACACCAAGGUCUGGCAGUGCAACUGCAAGUUCCACUGGUGCUGCUUCGUCAAGUGCAACACGUGCAGCGAGCGCACCGAGGUCUACACGUGCAAGUGAGCGCGCCCGCCCGCCCGGCGCCGGUCCCUCCUGCUGCGGCCCCAGCUCCGCCCGCCCCGCCCCUCAGGGUUCAGCCCCGCCCC